AUGUUGAAGCAAAUCUACUCAUUUGCAGCAAUUACACGAGUGAUCACUACAUCGCUCGCUCUACUGACGUACUAUUUCCUUUCUAGUUAUGACUCUUCAGCCGAAAUACAAACUAGGUCAUCCCACAAUCUGUUGAAUGCAUUCUUGCGAUGGGAUGCACUUUACUUCUUACACAUUGCAGAACAUGGUUAUGUUUAUGAACAGGAAACAGCGUUUUUCCCAGUGAUGCCUUUGAUAUCAAGAUUCUUGACUAAUACCACUCUUUUACCUCUAAAGUAUCUAUUCGGAUAUCAGCAUGCCUUACUCUUUUCUGGAAUAGCAGUAGCCAAUGUUUCAUUUAUUCUUGCUGCUGGUGCCUUAUACAAGCUUACACUAGCACUUUUACCUCGCAAUCCAAAGUUAGCAUUUGCCUCAUCCAUCGCUUUUUGCUUAUCACCGCCGUCGAUGUUCAUGUCUUCGUUCUAUACAGAAUCCUUGUUUGCCUUACUUGGCUUUGUAGGUAUGAGGUUGGCUGCACGUAAAAAAUACAUGUAUGCUGCUAGUAUCUGGGCCAUUGCAUCAGGUACGAGAUCUAAUGGUAUUCUCUACUGUGGGUUCUUCUUUUAUGACCUUGUAUGGAUUCGAUUAUUAAAGUAUAAGGUGAUGUACAAUGUCUAUACUGGAUUGAUCCAAUCAAUAUUGUAUUCACUCAUUACAUGCUCUGGAUUCGCUCUCUUUCAAUAUUUUGGUUACAAACGAUUCUGCGCUCUUGAUAGACCCUGGUGUAGCAACAAAUUACCUUUAUUGUACACAUUUGUCCAAAAGGAGUACUGGGAUGUAGAGUUCAUGUCAUAUUAUCAAGUUAAACAAAUACCCAAUUUUUUACUGGCUGCACCUAUUGCCCUUAUCAGCAUAUACGGACUUUUAUCAUAUAUUCGAUUCGACUGGAAGAGAUUUGUCUUUUUAAAGACCCAAGAGAACAAAGACGACGACUCAUUUUACAGCAAUCGAUUGUUAGCUUAUAUGUAUCUGUGGAUAUUUAUGCUGUUUUAUGCACUAACAAGCAUGCAUGUUCAAGUCAUCAUACGGUUUUUUACGUCCUUGCCGCCCUUUUACUGGUUUGUGGGGCAUGUCUGGACUAAUGGGUUUGAAAGGAAAGUGAAUGAGCGUACAGCGAACGUGAUCCUUGGUUAUUUUGUACUUUAUGGACUUACUGGAGUUAUCCUGUUUGCUAAUUUCCUUCCCCCAGCAUAA